AAGUGAGUGUGUGUGUGUGCGACAGUGUUUGUGAGAGUGGGGGUAAGGGUGUGAGUGAGUGAGUGUGUGUAUGGGACAGUGUUUGUGAGAGUGUGUGAGUCUGGGAGUGUGUGUGCUUGCAUAAAGGUGAGUGAGUGUGUGUGAGAAAGAGUGUGCGUAAGGUUGAUUUUGCCUGUGUGUGAGAGCCGUGCUGCUCGGCGGCAUGUCUCGCUCUCCUCUCCCCUCGCUGCUCCGGCAGUCCUGGAGCUCCCUGGCUCUCCUCCUCCCUCUCCUCCUCCUCUUCUGCACCUCCCCACAUCCAGCCUGCGGCCAGGGGGUCGUACGAGGAGGCGCAGGGCAACCAGCACCAGGAGGAGGAGUGUCGACAGGCGGCGUGGGUCGUCCUGCGGAGCGCAUCAAGGUGCUGUUCACCCCGACCAUCUGUAAAGUGCGCUGCACAGCCCAGGGACACUGCACCAACUUCUGCGAACGGGGAAACGUCACCACGCUCUACAACACACAGCAGGCUCAGCCAUCACCCGGACAUGGCUUCAGAGUCUUCCUGUGCCCCAUGCUGUGUCAUAAUGGGGGGGUCUGCAUCCAGAAGGAUCGCUGCCUCUGCCCCCCCACCUUCACCGGCAAGUUCUGCCAGAUCCCCGUGCCGGGCGUGGUUGCCCCGCCCCCCUCAGGAGCCUCCUCCAAUGGCGCGCCUGCUCCUCCGGGCUCCACCAAUGGGCUGCCAGCUCCAGCGCAGAGUUCCACCAAUGAGAUCGAGAAGCCUCCUCAGCCCCCGCCUGGCCCCCCGUUGGACUCCGCCACCCCCCAACAGCUGAUGGAGACGGAGUACCUUCUCCCACUGCACAGCCAAUCACACCGCACGGCACAGACCACGAACGGUAAGGCACAAAGGAAACAUCCGUCCAAAAUGAAGGCCUUCGUUGACAGUGUGGCAACACGAAAACGGGCAUCAGAGGCUCAAGAAGUGGUAGUGGCCAAGCAAGUGAAAUUGGACGAGAUGAUGGCAGCUGGUGUAGGCAGACGUGUGCCACAGGCAAAGAUCGACCAGCCUGUGAUGGCGUUUAUUUGCGAUGGGCAUCAUCCGUUUCCCGUGGUAGAGCAGAAAGCAUUCAAGGACCUCGUAACCACCCUCAAUCCUCAAUGCCAUGUCCCGUCAAGACCGACUCUUCGCACCAGAAACCAGGAAGCCGCAAAUCACAUGAAGAGCAACCUGGUGUCACACCUCACCAAGGUCGGUUAUGUUGGUACCACCACCGACUGUUGGACGGCGCUCCAACAAGGUUUCCUAGGAAUGACAGUCCAUUGGAUAGAGGAGCACACCCUGGAGAGGCAGUCUGCUGUACUGGCAUGCAAACGGUUGAAGGGCUCCCACACAUUUGACAUCUUGGCUGCUGCCAUUGAUCGGAUCCACUGUCAAUACUUGUAUAAGAUCAGAGGGAAAGUUGUGAGGACAACUACCGACAGUGGGUCUAACUUCAUCAAAGCUUUCAGUGUCUUUGGGGAACACAGCCAGGAGGACUCCGACCCAGAAUGUGAAGAACCGGAUGAUACCAAUGGCCUGGUAGACGCAUUCACCAUUUUGGAAGAAGACUAUCGCCUGGAAUUUCAACUUCCUCCACACCAAAGAGCGAUUCAAGAUUGUGUCUCCAGACGCUUUGGUGAGAUGAUGGAGGACCCAGAGCUCAUUGCUGCUGCCAUCCUCCUGCCUAAAUUCAAGACUAACUGGACUGACAGUGCCGAUGUCAUUGAAGCAGGAGCUGGCAUGGUGAAGGUGCGAGUACAGCACCCCCCAGAGGCCAGUGUGAAAAUACACCAGGUGCUGAAGGUGGGCUACGGCCCUUCCUCCUCUUCCUCCUCCUCCUCCUCCUCCUCCUCCUCUUCCUCUUCCUCUAUGCGUGUGGAGACCGUUACCUGGCCCGCCGGACUCUCGGGGGCCCGCUCAGGUGUGCUGCCAGGUGAGAGGGCAGAGGCCCCGCCCCCAGCGCAGGUGCGCGCCCAGACCAUCCGCGGAGGAGACUCCACCUACACCGAGGCGUCCGGCUUCAAGUACUGCUUCCGGGAGGUCCGCAAUGGACAGUGCAGCGCUCCUCUGCCGGGUCUGAGGACUCAGGAGACGUGUUGCCGUGGCAUCGGGAAGGCCUGGGGCAUCAGCGAGUGCACACUAUGCCCCCCCAACACAGGUAAUGGUCUGAGCACCAAUGGGGGGUGUCCUGCUGGCUUCGAGAGGAACAACGGCUCUCAGUGUGUUGAUGUGAAUGAGUGUUCUCAGCCGGGCUUCUGUGACAAUGGGAACUGCGUGAACACGCGGGGAAGCUACAGCUGCGUCUGCAAGCCCGGAUACUUACUGGACGCCUCACACGGCCUGUGUGUCUCCCAGAAGGUCAUCUCGGAGCAGAAGGACCAGUGUUUCCGCAUCCUGGCGUCGGGCGUGUGUACGCUGCCCAUCCUCAAGAACAUCACCAAGCAGAUCUGCUGCUGCAGCCGCGUGGGCAAGGCCUGGGGGAGGAAGUGUGAAGCGUGCCCAUACUUUGGAUCAGUGGAGUUCAGGGAGAUCUGCCCCGCGGGCCCGGGUUACCACUACUCUGCCAACAACCUGAAGUUCAACCAGCGUCUCCUGGAGCUGCACGGCACUGGAGGUCCCCCUGUCGUCGCCAAAGAAGACGUCACGCCCCGGACGCGAACCCAUGACCCUGCUGCGGUCACCCCACGCACCCAAACGCGACCCCAGGGUUCCUCUAACAGCGGAUCUUCGUCGUCUUCCACAUUCUUUUCAUCGUCAUCAUCUUCAUCGUCAUCGACGUGGACCCAUACUGGUGGGGUUUUGAGGCCCAGCACACCUGCUGGUUCUGGGUCAACCCAAUCCAGACCACAGCAGCCAGGGGUCGUUGGGUCCAGUGGAACUGGUGUUGGGGCCAAUGUCGGGUCUGGAGGGGUUGGAGGAGGAGGUGGUGUGGGUCAGGGCGGUCGGACCAGUGUCACAACCAGCUCUGGUUCUGGGUCGUCUGUCUCAGGCUCGGGGUCUAGUUCGGGGUCUACCAGGACGGGCGGUACCAGCAGUACCGGGUCCAAUACUCCACAACAAGGUAGCAGCACCGGCUCCUCUUCUUCCCAGACUAGGCCUCUGCAGCCUGGGAGCGCGGGUACUUCCUCUUCCCAGACCAGGCCCUCUCAGGCUGGGGCCGGAGCUGGAGCUGGAGCUGGGUCUGGUUCCUCCAUCUCCCAGACUAGGCCUCAGCAGCCUGGGGCCACGGGUGGUGCUACCUCCCAGACAAGGCCCUCUCAGACUGGGAGCACUGGCUCUUUCACUCCACAGACUAGGCCUCAGCCUCAGCCUGGGGAUAGGGCUUCCUUCUCCACCCAGAUAAGAACCUCCCAGACCGGGACAACAGGCUCGUCCACCUCCCAGACUGGCGCCGGUACCGGUACCGGGUCCACCGGGUCCCAGACCAGGCCACUGCAGCCGGGCGGCACGGGGUCUCUCACCCCCGACUCCAGGGCUCAGGCCCCCAGCCGCACACAGACGGGAGGCAGCGGCACUGCUCUGCCCACAGGCGACCGAUCCACGGUCGUUCGAACCCAGACGGGCCGUACUCCUCUGGACAGACCAGCGGUUUCAGGAUCCAGACCGCAGCUGACUCCAGUCACACCCAGACCAGCAGUGCCUCCCAGGCCAGGUACAGACUCUGGUGUGUGUGAGUCGAGGCCUGAUAUCUGUGGAGCUGGCCGCUGUGUGAGCCAGCCAGGAGGACGUCAUACGUGUGUGUGUGACCCCGGAUACCAGUUCAACGCCGCCAGAGUGCAGUGCCAAGAUCUAAAUGAGUGUGUGUUGACUCCUCGUCCGUGUGGCGCUGGCCACUGUGAGAACACUCCCGGAAGCUUCCGCUGUGUGUGUACCAACGGUUACCGUGCCAACGCCCAGCAGAACCAGUGCCAUGAUGUGAAUGAGUGUCUCGUGAUGCCUCCGCCCUGUACCCACGGCCGAUGUGAGAACACCCCCGGCAGCUACAGAUGCUCAUGUUUCCUGGGGUACACUCUCCAGGGAGACACCUGCAGAGACAUUGAUGAGUGUGACGACCCGUUGCGCUGCCCUGGUCAAGAGUGUGUCAACUCCCAGGGCUCCUUCAGGUGUGUGUCCUGUCGACCUGGAUUUGGACUGCUCAACGGCCAGUGCUCAGACAUCGAUGAGUGUCGUCAGACCCCAAGCCCUUGCUCCAACGGCCGCUGUGAGAACACUCCUGGCAGCUUCAGAUGUGUGUGUCGCACCGGAUACCGACUACAGGGAAACACCUGCACAGAUGUGAAUGAGUGUGAGAGUGUUUCCCAGUGUCCUGGUCAGGAGUGUGUCAAUACUCCAGGAUCCUACAGGUGCCUCUCAUGCAGAACAGGAUUCAAACUACAGGGACGCCAAUGCACAGAUGUGGAUGAGUGUAGCCAGACCCCUAACCCCUGUGGUAACGGUCGCUGUGAGAACGUACCUGGCAGCUACAGGUGUGUGUGUCGUACAGGAUACAGACUACAGGCCAACACAUGCACAGACAUAAAUGAGUGUGAGAACGCUGCUCAGCUGUGCCGCAACCAGGAGUGUGUCAACACGGCUGGCUCCUACCGCUGCGUCCCCUGCAGACCCGGAUACCAGAUGGACAACGGCCAGUGCGGAGACGUGAACGAGUGUUCCAGGACUCCGUCCCCGUGUGCUAACGGUGUGUGUGAGAACACUCCUGGCAGCUACAGGUGUGUGUCCUGCAGGACGGGAUACGAACUGGUCGGAGGACAGUGCACAGAUGUGAAUGAGUGCAACAGGUCUCCGUGUCCUAACGGUGUGUGUGAGAACACUGAGGGAAGCUACAGGUGUGUGGCGUGCCAGCCAGGUCAGGAGAUGCUGAACGGACGCUGCUCAGACGUGAACGAGUGUUCCAGGACUCCGUCCCCGUGUCCUAACGGUGUGUGUGAGAACACUCCUGGCAGCUACAGGUGUGUGUCUUGCAGGACGGGCUACGAGCUGGUCGGAGGACAGUGCACAGAUGUGAACGAGUGUUCCAGGACUCCGUCCCCGUGUCCUAACGGUGUGUGUGAGAACACUCCUGGCAGCUACAGGUGUGUGUCCUGCAGGACGGGCUACGAGCUGGUCGGAGGACAGUGCACAGAUGUGAAUGAGUGCAACAGGUCUCCGUGUCCUAACGGAGUGUGUGAGAACACUGAGGGGAGCUACAGGUGUGUGUCAUGUGACCCUGGACACGAGAUGGUGAGAGGACGCUGCACAGAUAUAAAUGAGUGCCUGCGUAACCGAACCCUGUGUGCCAACGGCCGCUGUGAGAACCUGGUGGGCAGCUUCAGGUGUGUGUGUCGGGCUGGCUUCCAUCUGGAGGGAGACACCUGCACAGAUGUGAAUGAGUGUGAGAACGCUCUGCAGUGUCCAGGUAAAGAGUGUGUCAACACAGUCGGCUCCUUUAGAUGUGUCAGCUGUAAACCCGGAUUCACCGCCGUCAAUGGACAAUGCCAAGAUGUGGAUGAGUGUCUCCAGUCUCCUUCUCCGUGUCCCGGUGGUGAAUGCCACAAUACUGAGGGCAGCUUCCAGUGCCGAUGCCAACCAGGCUUCACUCUACAGGGAACACAGUGCAGAGAUAUUGAUGAGUGUUUGGAUGGUCUGCGCUGCCCUGGUCAGGAGUGUGUCAACUCUGAGGGAUCCUACAGGUGUGUGUCCUGUCGCACUGGAUACAGCCUCACAGAAGGAAAAUGCACAGAUAUAGACGAGUGUGAGAGUGCCCAAACGUGCAGCGCUGCGAGUGUGUGUGUCAACACUGAAGGCUCCUACCGCUGUGACUGCAAACCAGGAUACAGGGCCUCAGGACGACAGUGCAGAGACAUAAAUGAGUGUCUGGAAGGGGACUUCUGCUUCCCGCGGGGAGAGUGUGUCAACACUGAGGGCUCCUACAGGUGUGUGUGUGCGCAAGGAUAUCGCACCAGCAACAAUGGCAGCUCCUGCGAGGAUGAGGAUGAGUGUGCGCGUGAGGGUGUGUGUCAGGAUGGUGUGUGUGUCAACACUGUAGGAUCCUUCCUCUGCCAAUGCCAAGCCGGCUUCACAACCAACCCUGAGAAGACCGUCUGCUUAGAUAUUGAUGAGUGUGGUGAUUCGGGUGGUAUCGUUUGCGGUUCUCGUACCUGUGAGAACACUAUUGGUUCUUAUCGCUGCAUCACGGCCUGCGAGUCCGGAUUCAGAGACAGCACAGGGGGACAGUGUGUUGACAUUAACGAAUGUGCCAAUGACACGGUGUGUGGUGACCACGCCUUCUGCCUGAACAUCAUUGGUGGCUACCACUGCAUGUGUGAUCAAGGAUACGAGAUCACACCGGACGGCACCGGCUGCGUGGAUGAGAAUGAGUGUGAGAAGAUGCAGGGUGUGUGUGGGUCAGCGCGCUGUGAGAACGUGGAGGGGUCCUUCCUGUGCGAGUGUCCCAACCCAGCUGAGGAAUACAACCCACACACACGCCAAUGUGUUAGGAGCACACAGCCAGGUCGACCUACAGUGCCCGGUGGUGGUGGUUCUUCCUCCUCCUCCUCCUCCUCCUCCUCCUCCUCUGGGAGAGGAGGUCGGCCUACUAGACCGGAGGCAGGUGGGGCAGGGGGAACAGGAACAGGAGGAGGUUCAAGUGGAACAGGAGCAGGAGGUUCCGGAACAGCAGGAGGUUCUGGAACAGGAGCAGGAGGUUCCGGAACAGGAGCAGGUGCUUCAAGUGUAGCAGGUUCCCCCACAAGAGGAGGUUCCGCCACUGGUGGAAGUUCCGGAACAGGAGGAGUUUCCGCCCACGGUGGAGGUUCCGGAACAAGAGGAGGUUCCACCUCAGGGGGAGGUUCCGGCACAGGAGGAGGAACAGCUGGAGGCGUGGCCACAGGAGGAAGAGGAGGUGGGACAGGAAGCUCAGGCCCUCUGGUCUUCGCCGCCCCAGGUGAGAUUAGAGAGUGUUAUCUGAGUACUGAGGAGCGGGGUCCGUGUGUAUUGCUGGCCCCCAAUACAACACAACAGGAGUGCUGCUGUACAGCCGGACACAGCUGGGGGAGAACAUGCACACAGGCACAGGCAUGCCCAGACAGCGGAACAGUGGAGUUCCAGUCUCUGUGCCCCAGUGGGAGGGGCUACGUCACCACCGGCCCUGCGGACCAGAGUCCCUUUAGUUACAGAGAUGUUGAUGAAUGUAAGGUGUUUGAGUCGGGUGUGUGUAAGAACGGCAAGUGUGUGAACAACAUCCCCGGCUACUCCUGCUACUGCUCCAGUGGAUACUACUAUCACACAGGCGUAUUGGAGUGUGUAGAUAAUGAUGAGUGUGUGGGGGAGGAGGACCCGUGUCCAGGAGGUGUGUGUGUCAACACGGUGGGCUCCUACUACUGUUCCUGUGAGCCCCCCCUAGUGUUGGACGAGAGUCAACGCACCUGCGUCAACGCCACGGACCUGAACAUAGAUGAGAACUUGGCCCUGUGUUGGCAGCAUGUGACUACUGACCUGGUGUGCCAGAGCCCCCUGCUGGACACUCAGGUGACCUUCACCGAGUGCUGCUGUCUCUAUGGGGAGGCCUGGGGACUACAGUGUGCACUGUGUCCCGCUAGCGACUCAGAUAUCGAUGAGUCCAUGUGUAACACCCUUCAGCGUCCGGGCUUCCCCCCCUACUCGGACCCGUACGGUCCCGCCCCUCUCCCCCGCCCCAUUCCCGGGUCCAGACCCCCCUACGGACUCCCCUACGGGCCCCCGCCACCGGACCCCUACGGACUGGGCCCGGAUCCGGCCCGUAGGCCCCCCCCAGGCCCGGACUACGGCCUGCCGGACUAUGGAGACUAUGGGCCCCCCUUGGGAGGAGGAGGAGGAGGCAGGGGGAGGGGAGGGCUGAGGGAGAGGCCCCCCGGGUCCUACGGCCCGCCAGAUUCACCCUACGAUUCACGCACUGGCCCGGGUCGUUACUAUGACGAGGUCCCCUACGACCCCCGCUACUCGGGCCCCGACCCCUACGGAGGGGGUGUGGUUGACCCGCGUGGGGAGAGGGCGUUUGGGGUGCGCCUGCCGUCCCCCUCCAUCCCCGAGGGCCGCCCCCUGAGGCUGGCCCCCCUGCCGGAGAACUCCCCAUACGGGGCGGACGAGGAGGAGGAGGAGGAAGGAGAGGAGCCGUGGAGGCCUGGACCGCCCUUCGCACCCUACGGAGGAGGAGGAGGAGGAGGAGGAGGGAGGAGAGGAGGACCCCCACGCAGGGUCUACGAACGCCGCUAUGAGUCGUUUGAGGGCCUGACCGCUGAUGAAUGUGGCAUCACCCACGGCUGCGAGAACGGACGCUGCAUCCGCAUCACCGAGGGGUACACCUGCGACUGCUACGACGGCUUCCAAUUGGAUAUGACCACCAUGGCAUGCAGAGAUAUUAAUGAGUGUGAUGAGGUGGACACUCCUGACUGUGUGAAUGGCCAGUGCAUCAACACAGAGGGCUCCUACCGCUGCCAAUGCCUACGAGGAUUUACCGCCUCACACCGCCCACACGUCUGCAUCCCGGCAUAGAGAGUGACACUGUGUGUGUGUGUGUGUGUGUGUGUGUGUGUGUGUGUGUGUGUGUGUGUGUGUGUGUGUGUGUGUGUGUGUUUGUGAGUGUGAGUGUGAGUGUGAGUGUGAGUGUGUGUCAGUGUGUGUGUUU